AUGAGCCAGGACGCCGAGCCCAGCGGCCCCGAGCAACCGGACAGAGAUGCGCACAGCGUGCCUGGUGCCCCGGCGCCCCCAGCGCCCCCAGGCCCGAGAGGGAUGCAGCCGCCGCCACCGCCUCCGCCCCAAGCCGGCCUACCCCAGAUCAUCCAAAAUGCCGCCAAGCUCCUGGACAAGACCCCGUUCUCGGUCAGUAACCCAAACCCGCUGCUUCCUUCGCCCGCGAGCCUCCAGCUGGCUCAGCUGCAAGCUCAGCUCACCCUCCACCGGCUAAAGCUGGCACAGACAGCCGUCACCAACAACACCGCGGCCGCCACCGUCCUGAACCAAGUCCUCUCCAAAGUGGCCAUGUCCCAGCCUCUCUUCAACCAGUUGAGGCAUCCGUCCAUGAUCAGCUCCCCCCAUGGCCACACCGGGGUGCCCCAACACACAGCAACCAUGCCCAGUGCCCGGUUUCCCUCUAAUGCAAUUGCCUUCUCGCCCCCGGGCCAGACACGAGGCCCAGGGCCCUCUGUGAGCCUUCCCAGCCAGCCCCCCAAUGCCAUUGUGAUGCACCCUUUCAGCGGGGUCAUGCCUCAGACCCCUGCCCAGCCAGCAGUCAUCUUGGGCAUUGGCAAGACUGGGCCCGCCCCUGCUGCAGCGGGAUUCUACGAGUAUGGCAAAGCCAACUCGGGCCAGGCAUAUGGAUCUGAAACUGAUGGUCAGCCCAGUUUCCUGCCAGCCUCAGCCUCUACCUCGGGCGGCGUGACCUAUGAAGGGCACUACAGCCACUCAGGGCAAGAUGGCCAAGCCGCCUUUCCCAAGGACUUCUACGGACCCAAUGCCCAAGGGUCGCAGGUGGCAGGUGGAUUUGCGGCUGAGCCGGCCGGGGGCUUGAAAGGCGAGGUAGGUCCGCUGCUGCAGGGUCCGAACAGCCAGUGGGAGAGCCCCCAUGGAUUCUCUGGCCAAAGCAAGCCCGAUCUUAGAUCAGUCCCCAACCUGUGGCCUCCAGCCCCCAGCCAACCCUAUGAGCUGUAUGACCCCGAGGAGCCCACCCAAGACAGGACCCCUCCUUCCUUUGGGGGUCGGCUCAACAACAGCAAACAGGGUUUCAGCGGAGCCUGGCAGCGGGCCACGGAGGAGCAGGCGACGCUGUCUGUGCAGCCCUUGCAGGCGCACGAGCUGAAUGACUUUCACGGUGUGGCCCCCCUCCACCUGCCCCACGUCUGUAGCAUCUGCGACAAGAAGGUGUUUGAUUUGAAGGACUGGGAGCUGCAUGUAAAAGGGAAACUACAUGCUCAGAAAUGCCUGCUCUUCUCUGAAAACGCCGCUCUCCGGUGUGUACUCGGUUCCACAGAGGGAACACUGUGUGCCUCUCCCAACAGCACAGCCGUUUAUAACCCUGCUGGGAACGAAGAUUACUCCUCAAAUCUUGGAACAUCAUAUGCGGCCAUUCCUGCGAGGUCAUUUACUCAGUCAAAUCCCGCAUUCCCUUCAGCUUCCCCAGGGACAAAUCGGAAAACGGGUGCUGGCCGCGUGGUACACAUCUGCAAUCUGCCGGAGGGAAGCUGCACCGAGAAUGACGUCAUUAACCUGGGGCUGCCCUUUGGAAAGGUCACUAAUUACAUCCUCAUGAAGUCUACUAAUCAGGCCUUUUUAGAGAUGGCUUACACAGAGGCUGCCCAGGCCAUGGUCCAGUAUUACCAAGAAAAAUCUGCCAUGAUCAAUGGUGAGAAGUUGCUCAUUCGGAUGUCCAAGAGAUACAAGGAAUUGCAGCUGAAGAAACCUGGGAAAACCGUGGCUGCCAUCAUCCAGGACAUCCAUUCCCAGAGGGAGAGGGACAUGUUCCGGGAAGCAGACAGAUACGGCCCAGAAAGGCCGAGAUCUCGAAGUCCGGUGAGCCGGUCAUUGUCCCCGAGGUCCCACACUCCGAGCUUCACCUCCUGCAGCUCUUCUCACAGCCCCCCGGGCCCCUCUCGGGCCGACUGGGGCAGCGGCCGGGACUCGUGGGAGCACUCUCCCUACGCCAGGAGGGAGGAAGAGAGAGGCCCGGUCCCCUGGAGGGAGAACGGGGAGGACAAGAGGGACAGGACGGACACGUGGGCGCAUGACCGCAAACAGUACCCCCGGCAACUGGACAAGGCCGAGCUAGACGAGCGGCUGGAAGGAGGGAGGGGCUACCGAGAAAGGCACCCGAGGUCUGGGUCCCCCAACCCGCUCCACUCCGCGUCGGGAUACAAAAGCCGAGAAGACGGCUACUACCGCAAAGAGUCCAAGGGCAAAUCGGACAAGUAUCUAAGGCAGCAGCAGGAUGUCCCUGGGAGGUCCAGGAGGAAAGAUGAGGCCAGGCCGCGGGAAGGCAGACACGCCCCCCCUGACGACUCGGGCAGGGAAGACGGGCUGGAACCGAAGGGCACCAAGUCGAAGCAGAGUGAGAAGACCAGAACCAAGAGACCUGAGAGAGACCAAGACGGAGCCGAUAGGAAAGAAAGCAGAAAGGCAGAGAAUGAGGCUGAAAAAGAGGAACAGGACAGCAUGGAAGAGAGCCCCCUGCAUCUGGGCAGGCAGGAGAAAGAAACAGAGUCCUCUGAUGCAGAGAACACAAAGGCAAGGAAGGAGCAAGAUUCGGAGAGUGGAAGUGAGGCAGAGGGGGAGAGCUGGUGCCCCACGAACAUGGAGGAGCUGGUUACAGUGGACGAGGUGGGGGAGGAAGAAGAUUUUAUCAUGGAACCGGACAUCCCAGAACUGGAGGAAACUGUGCCCAUCGAACAGAAGGACAAAAUCUGUCCAGAAAUAUGUCCCUGUGUGACAACCACCUUAGACCUGGACUUAGCCAAAGAGGUCACCAAGGAGGGAGUCAAGACCGUAGGUAAGGAGGCUGCGGAAGUCAGCCUCAAGUCGCCCAAAGAACUGCCUUCUGCUUCCAUGAGCUGUCCCAGUGACAUGGACCUGGAAACGCCUGGCCUAAAUGUGGAUGUUGAGCGGAAGCCAGAUGAAUGCGAGACGGGCCUCUCACUGGAGAGCUCAGAUGUUCGUCUGGCCCCUACACUCCAGCAAAUGUCUUCCCCCAGGCCAGCAGAGGAGAGGGCCUGGCAGCCUGGCCCCUUUCUUGAUGACUGUAAGGCCAGGGGGACCCUGGAAGAUGGGGCUGGUGAAGGCAGCCCCCUGGAGGAGAAAGCCAGCCCCCUCACCGAAACAGACCUCCAAAGCCAGGCUUGCCACGGAGUGUUGACCCAGGAUAACUCCAGGUACAUGGAAAUGAAAUCUCUGGACGUGAGGUCACUGGAAUACGCUGAAGUGGAGCUGAAACAGCCCCUUUCUUUGCCUUCCUGGGAACCUGAGGAUGUGUUCAGUGAACUUAGCAUUCCUCUAGGGGUGGAGUUCGUGGUGCCCAGGACCGGCUUUUAUUGCAAACUGUGUGGGCUGUUCUACACGAGCGAGGAGAUGGCAAAGAUGAGCCACUGUCGCAGUGCUGUCCACUACCGGAACUUACAGAAGUACUUGUCCCAGCUGGCCGAGGAGGGCCUGAUGGAGACAGAACGGGCAGGCAGCCCUCGGCCCGAGGACAGCGGAGUCGUGCCACACUUUGAAAGGAAAAAGCUCUGA